AGAUUACAAAUGAAUGAAUAUAAAUAUCAUUACUUAUUUACGAGCUUCGACAUUGAACUUUUUGACUUAGAGGAUUUCAAGUAUAAUUUUGUUAAUAUAACGUCAUACCGACUAGUUGAUGUAAAUGAUGUUGCAGUUAAAGAAAUUUUGAAAGACAUGGAGACGUUUAAGUAUAAUAAUAACUUAUCAGACAACACAACAAGAAUGAAUGUGGAUUUUAAAACGCACGACGAAAAAUCUAUGUUUAAUGAAAACUAUCGUAAGAGGCGUACAAUUGGAACAGAACCAGCUUUAGUAUUUGAUUCAGUAAAUAUAUUCGCCGUUGGUUUACAAACUUUGGAACAAUCUUAUACGUUACGCUUAAAGAACAUGACAUGUAGCGAGGCGGAACCUUGGGAUGGCGGACUAAGCUUGAUAAAUUAUAUUAAUUCUGUGGAAUGGCGUGGUUUGACCGGCCCUAUUCAAUUUAAAGAAGGUAGACGAAUACAGUUUAAAUUGGAUUUGGUAAAAUUAAAGCAACACUCGAUUGUAAAAGUGGGUGAAUGGUCACCUCAGAGUCGCCUUAAUAUUACAGAACCUUCCUUAUUUUUCGAAACGGGUUCUAUGAAUGUUACUCUGGUUGUAAUUACAAUAUUG